AUGGCAGACUCAGCGGCAUUGGAACAGCUGAGACGAGAUCUCCAGACGCGUCUAGAUGCACUGAACACUUUCGACUUCCACAGUUGCGUAUUCAUCAUCAGGGAGUUUCAAUGGCAGCUUGCGAGCGGUCAGCUGACUCACGAUCCACUCCGCGGCUUCACCGUGGCCGAGUCCGCCGGCUCCACCUGGUUACAACCUGGCUUCAUGGUGCAGGGGCUCGAGUCGCUAGAUCCGGAGACGUAUCCCCAGAACAACUCGAGACUGAACCUACAGGCCAAUCUCCUUGAUGAGACCACAAUCAUCAGGAUCACGGAGUUCCUGGACACCGGCCGGCUGCAGUUAUCGGACGGCCUGAUUUUCAUCGGGAGGCCUUUCCCAGCCUCUUUCAAGCGCUCGCGGGUCGGGGAGGGCGUGGAGGCGCAUUGGGGACUUGGCGAGGUCCUCGUGCUCGUGGUGCUCAUGGUCCACGUGGUCCUCGUCGUCCUCGCGGUCCUCGCGGAGCUUGUGGCGCUCGUGGGCAGUGAGGCAACAGCGGCUUUGAGGUGCGAUACAGAAAUGCACUUGAGAGUUGCGAGGAAGGAGUUCGUCAUUGUUCCAACUAGAUAG